AUGGGUCGAAAUUAUAAAAAUCAAACAACAACUGAAACAAUAGCUAUUGGAAUUGAAGGUGAUCGUCAUUCGUUAUGUGGUGCUAUUAAACGAUUUGAACGUACCGGAAUAAAAUCAAAUAAUUUACUUACUCUUAAAGAACUAUGUGCUCGUCAUAUUGCAUUAAUGAAACAUGAGCAAAACAAAUGGUUUAUAACUGCUUAUUUACCACCACAUUUAUUUAAAUAUGUAACAAAAGAUAUAUUUGAUUUACGACGAGAUGAAUUUAAAUUAAAUUAUGCAAAACCUUUAUAUAUGUGUCAAGAAUGUACAAUGGAUACUUAUGAAAAACCAUCAGAUGAUUGUCAAUGUCCUCAAAUAGAUACUGCAAUUGAUACAUUAAAUAAUUAUCUUUCUAAAAAAUUAAAUAAUAAUAUGAGAACAAAUAAAAGUAUUACAAGAAAAUUUGAACUUAUUUAUAAAAUACCUAACGAUGAAGAGGAUCAUAGUGAUGAAUUAAAACAUUCAACAUCAUUUUUUCUUUAUCUUACACCUGUUCAAUAUGCUUUAGACAUCGAUGAAUAUUCUAUUGAAGAAGAUCCUUUUGAUGAAUAUAAAUUACUUAAUGGUCAAAUAUCCGUUGAAGACAAACUUUUAUUUAUUGAUGCUAUGCGAUUUUUUGGUGGAUUUCGAACUAAAUAUCGACAACCACAACUUAUUUUAUAUCGUCGUCGUGAAUUUGAACUUUGA